AUGCCUAUCCGUCUUGGUACCAGUGCUCCAAACUUCCAAGCACAAACUACCAAAGGACCAAUUGACUUUCACCAGUUUAUUGGUAAUUCGUGGGUUGUUUUGUUCUCGCAUCCUGCUGAUUUUACCCCGGUUUGCACAACCGAACUUGGUGAAGUUGCCCGUCGUCAAUCAGACUUUGACUCACGUGGUGUAAAAUUGAUUGGUCUGUCGGCCAACAAAUUAGAAGAUCACAAUAAAUGGAUAGCAGACAUUAACGAGAUCAACAACGUCGAUCUGUCAUUCCCAAUCAUUGCCGAUUAUGAACGUAAAGUUUCGGCACUCUACGAUAUGUUGGAUUAUCAAGAUAUCACGAAUGUUGAUACGGCGGGAGUCCCGUUCACCGUCAGAAGUGUGUUUGUUGUUGACCCAAAGAAAACCAUCCGUUUGAUUCUUUCUUACCCAGCUUCUACCGGUCGUAACUUUGAUGAGCUCGUUCGUGUUAUCGAUUCUCUCCAAUUAGGCGACAAGCAUCGUAUCACUACUCCAGCUAACUGGAGAAAAGGUGAUGAUGUUAUUGUCCAUCCAAGUGUCACCAACGAGGAAGCUGAAAAAUUGUUUCCUGGUUUCAAGACUGUGAAGCCAUAUCUUCGUCUCGCUAAAUCUCCGUUCUAG